AUGUCGAAUAUAUAUACUGGAUUCGGUGAAACAAUGACGAACUGCUCCUUCGAUGUGUUGACAGGAGAUAUAAGCACGACGAUGGACUACCGAGAACUUAUGAAGAAAGGGUAUUGCUGUUCAGAGCAUAAUGUAUAUAGAAGAAUUUACUGGUCUAUUUAUGAAUUACUAUAUGAGGGUGAAAGCGGUGAGAAUACGAUCAAACCGCCCAAAAUAACUCAACCCGAAAUAACCAUUGACAAGAAAAAUACUACUUUCGGUGAGAAGUCGACCAUACAGAGCGAAGUAUCUCAACCUGAGAAAAAGAUUGACAAGGAACAAACGUCUCUCGGUCACUGUAUCUAUGCUUCGUUUCCAUCUGAUCGGUCAGAUGAAGAGUGACAAGUGAGUAGUGAAUCGUUGUGUUAUAGUUGGAUCUUAACAAAUAUCUGUGUUUUUAAACUUAUCAGUAGUUUCAAGUUUCGUUGAAAAGUGAUGGUAGAUAGACAGUUCAUUUAAACAUGACCAUGUAGCAUGGUAGUUACUGUUCAUAAAAUGCUUUCAAUUUCGAGUCACAGAUUGUGGUUGUUGGAUGAAUAUGGUUCGAUCAAAAUGUUUUGUAACCAUUUGUGAAAAUGUGUUCAAUUUGGAUGUGAUCAACAUUCAGUUGUCAACAUCAAUGUUACCCGUGCAAAUCGCUAAUUGUUCCAGAAUCGCUGUAUACAUGUGCCUUCAUUAUGUGCAUAUUCAUUCAGAUGAUUAUAGUGAAGCAGAAUAUUUGUUGUAGUGUUGCACAAAUUGUGAUAGGACACAAUUGUUGUCCACCGAUCAAACACAAUUGACAAAUUAACGUUGAACUAACCGUCAUCUAAUCCCUCGACUACAAUACUCAUUACCAUUGAUUAAAUUUACACCCUCCUUUUUGUUAUAUCAUUACACAUUGCAUGCUCGGUUAUCAGUCUCAUUCAAAAGCAUAUUACUACCAAGAAUAAUCAAAGCUUUCAUACACUUUUCUUUUAGAUGACCCAAUCAAAUCAAAUUAAAUAAACACUGUUUUAGUCUGUAGUAAACUUAACAAUAUUCUUGAAUCACAUUCUGUAAUUUUAACACACAAUACAUGGAAUAUAGUAAUUAAAUUGUUGACUCUUGUUAUCUACAUUAGUUUUGAAAAGAAAACGCUGAGUAUUUGUUUGCAGUGAAUAAUAUGCAUAAUCACUAUAACAUUAUAGCGAGCAUACGUGAGUAGACAAACACGAAUUGGCUUUUAGGAUGUCUUGUUUGUGAAAAUGAUUUACUUCAAAGAUAUUCCACGUACAAUGACUGAGUUUCGUUAGCUUGUUCACCGAAAAUCAUUAAGUCGGAUGUAUUCAGUGGUGGUUCACAUGUGCAACGAAAUGAGGAAGGUUAGUGAAAAUUAGCCAAUGGCACAUCAUCCAAUAGGUGAACAACAUGAAUUUCCUACACUUAUUCAUUCAUGUCAUGUGUGUUUUAGGAAAUAUUCUCGGUUAAAAUUCAUUAAAUACCAGUUUGUAAUUUCUCGAAUUGUGCUUCUCAAAUACAGAAUCUUUCUCAAUUAGCGCAAAAUGCUUUGUGGGUGAUUGUUGGCCUGACUUUGCUCGUCAUUAUUUCCUUCAAUUUGGAUUACAUUGUUUGCAAUGCUUCUUAAUAACCAUGCCUGUUCACAAGCGAUCAUUCGUCUGUCCGUGAUCUCGACGAUCUUCCCC